AUUUGGCUCUGCAGAAUACAAUCGAUCUGAACAAUAAUAGAAUAAAAUGAAAAUUUCGAUUCUUCUAAUUUUGUGUGCUGGACUUUUUAUCUUAGUCGUUAUUGGUCAAACGAACGCAUGUAUCUCUGAAGGUUCACCGUGUCACAGAGAUUCAGAAUGCUGUCAACGACUCAAAUGCAAGUGUGAAAACGGUCGCCAAUGCUGUAAAAAUUUGAAAUGCACUUUAGGGUCUGAAAGGGACCUGAAAUUGUGUCAAUUUAUGACAGGAUGCCAGGAAGUAAGAGGAGGAGGAGAGUGUCUCACUGAUAGUGAAUGUUGCAACAAUCACCGCUGCAAUAGAACGACGAAAAAAUGUGAAAGACGUUAAAAAAAAAAUUAAGUCUUCCAAUUUCUUUUUUUUUAUUCAUAAAAUAUUAUAAAUAAAAAAAAAUACAACAUUA